GGUCAGCAUUCUUCAGGGGAGGACAUGGAAAUCUCCGACGACGAGAUGAAUCCCGCGCCCAUCACCAGCGCGGAGUGUGCCAAAACCAUCGUGCCCUUCCACCCCGGCAUGUUCCCCGUCAUGCAGGUGGAUAUGAUAAGCGUCCUGGGCAACCACUGGGGCGGCAUGCCCAUGUCCUUCCAGAUGCAAACGCAGAUGCUGAGCCGCAUGAUGCAGGCACAAAACACGUACCAGUAUCCACCUUUCAUGGGGGCCCGCAUGCAGUUCUUGAAUCUGCCACCCUACCGCCCCUUCUCCAUGGGAGCAGCGCUUGGUCGUGGGCAGCUGCCGCCGCUGCCCAAGUUUGACCCCUCGGUUCCGCCGCCGGGUUACGAGCCGAAGAAGGAGGAUCCCCAUAAAGCUACUGUGGAUGGAGUCCUCCUGGUCAUCGUGAAGGAGCUGAAGGCGAUCAUGAAAAGGGACCUGAACAGGAAGAUGGUUGAAGUGGUGGCGUUUCGGGCGUUCGAUGACUGGUGGGACAAGAAGGAACGACUGGCAAAGGCAUCUCUCACUCCAGUGAAAGCUGGAGGAGAACUGGAGGAGAAACCAAAGCCGAAGGAUCGGAUCACGUCUUGUCUCUUGGAGAACUGGAACAAAGGAGAAGGCCUGGGAUAUGAGGGAAUCGGCUUGGGCAUCGGGCUGCGAGGGGCCAUCCGGUUGCCAUCCUUCAAGGUGAAAAGAAAGGAGCCACCUGAAGCUGCCUCAGCAGGAGAUCAGAAGAGAAUCCGGCCUUCUACUUCAGUUGAUGAUGAAGAUGAAGAAUCAGAACGGGACAGAGAUGCUUCUGACACGACAUCUGACCUGUCAAAGAAGGAUGCAGAAACCGUGGGGCUGAGGCGGCGACCAGCACGGCCGCUGGAGCUGGACAGCGAGGGGGAGGAGGGAGACGAGACGUCGGGUAAAGAGGAAGAAUCUUCCUCGGAGAAGGAAGAAGAGCAGGAGGAAGAGCUGAGCUUGGUGAAAGCAGCACCUGGCAAGGAGGAAGAGGAGGAGGAGGAUGAGGAGGAGGAGGACGAGGAGGAGGACGAAGAAGAGGAUGAAGAUGAAGAGGAGGAUGAUGAGGAGACAGGAGUAGAAACAAGUGACAAGGAAGAAGAGCAGGACUCCGAGGAGGAGGAUGUAGCAAGUCCCUCAUCUUCCAAAGCUGAAGUUGAGUCAUCUGAUGAAAGUGAGGACUCCUCUGAAUUUGAAUCGAGUUCUGACUCAGAUGAUGAUGAGGAAGAAGAUGAAGAUGAAGAGGAGGAAGAGGAGGAGGAGGAAGAAGAGGAGGAGCUGGCUGAAGAUCAAGAUAGAGAAGCCAUGGUUGCCGAGACAGAGCAUGAACCUGCCAGUCAUGAGAUUCCCGAUGAUGAGAGGGAGACCAUUCUGGAGCUGUAUCCUGUGGAUGACUUCAUGGAUGCAACGGGCUUGGGACUCGCAGAGCCAGCUUUGGUAGAAAAAGAUGAAGGCAUGGAAGAAGUCAAGACAGGGGAAAACGAGUGUGGUGAAAUCCCAGAGGAAUCUAUUGCUGCUGAAACACUCCUGGUUAUAGAAAGAGACCAGGAGACAAAACUUGCGCUGUCUCCCAUCUGUAGGACAGUAGAAGAGUCCGAAGCCGUCACCAUGCUCGAGUCGGAGGUCCCGGAAGGUCUGAAGGCUGAAUCUCAAGAGGAGGCAACGCUCUGUCUGUCGACUCCAGUGGGAAUCUUUGGGGAACCUUUACCCAAUAAAAGUAGCUUCUUUAGCAAGGCUGAAGAGAGCAGCUUAGAAGCCCGUGUUAAGGCCAAAGUGCCCUCUGCAGCAGAGGAGGACGAGCGGCUGCCUCGGACGCCUGGGCGGGAGGUGGUGGCUCAUCCGGAGACGGCUCUUCUGCUUCCAGCCCACAAGGUGCCAUCUUCCAUGCUCCCUUUACCAUCGACUCCCGGGAAAGAGGAGUCUUUAGGCCCUCCAGAAAAGUUCCCUGAACAGUUAAUGGUGACCAAAACACCCGUGGAAGAAGAAAUUCCUAGGACUCCUGGGCGGGACAUUUUGGCCAAGUCUUCACACCCGCUUGCCAAGUCACAGAGCACAGACACUGUCCCAGCCACCCCAGGAAGCGACGCUCCCCUCACGGGAAGCAGCUUGACCCUCAGUUCCCCUCAAGUCCCAGGGAGCCCCUUUUCCUACCCAUCCCAAUCCCCUGGCAUAAACAGUGGCAUUCCCCGGACUCCUGGGAGAGACUUCAAUUUCACGCCUACUUUCCCAGAGGCUGGUGCUACCAUUCCUUGCCUUCUGUCUGGCAAGAAACCGUCAGAGGAUGAGCUAGAUGAGAAACCCUUUAAAGAGCCCCUCGGUGCUUCCCUUGUGGUCAGCAUGAACAGUGUUCCUUCCCCUAUCCCUUUUGCCAGCCCUCCCCAAGCAGAUUUCCGCACAGACUUGGGCUUGCCACCUGAUGAGCCAAUACCUGUAGCAGUCCUGCCCUGCAUGCCCGGAGAUGGAAGAAUUCCCAUUGAGGAAUGCAAGGCAGAAGUAAAAUCUGUUUUGCUCUCGCCAGAUGCACCCAUGGGUGCUUCUAUCCUUCCUCCCCCUCCACCACCUUCUGUUCUUCCCAAAAGGAGGCCAGGUCGGCCCAAACGGUCACCGCCUUCUGUCCUUUCGCUGGAUGUCUACCCGGGCAAAACCAUAGAACCUCCUUCUGUCCCAGUGGCCUUGGUGGAAAGUGCUGUGAGCAAAGAGCUGUUAAGUGGACAUCCUGAUGCUUUCUAUGGACUGAAAGACCCUGAAGCCGUCACCCUGGAUUUCAGGAAUGACGGCUUCCACGAGAAAAUAGCGCCCGAGAUGGUCACAGAGAAACUGCCUUUUAAGGAGCUGGAGAACCAGUGGAAUGAAGACCUCAAAGAAGAAGAUGUGAAACCUAAGAGGCAGUGGCGAAGGCAGAAGAAGACACCUGAGGACAUUCCAAUGAUUCCUUCCCCUGAGUACUCCCCACCUCGGCCUCAAUUCAGGCCGCGCUCCGAGUUUGAGGAGAUGACCAUUCUGUACGAUAUUUGGAACGGAGGCAUAGACGAGGAAGAUAUCAAAUUCAUGUGCAUCACAUACGAGCGCCUGCUGCAGCAGGACAACGGCAUGGACUGGCUCAACGACACCCUGUGGGUUUUCCAUCCUUCAACUAGCUUUUCUACUCCCAAGAAAAAGAAGCGGGAUGAUGGGAUGCGGGAGCAUGUGACGGGCUGUGCACGAAGUGAAGGCUAUUACAAGAUUGAUAAGAAGGACAAACUUAAAUACCUCAACAAUAGCCGAGCUUUUGCGGAGGAGCCUCCAGCCGACACACAGGGUAUGAGCAUCCCUGCCCAACCUCACGCGUCCACCCGGGCUGGCUCCGAGAGGCGGUCAGAGCAGCGCAGGCUCCUCUCCUCCUUCACUGGGAGCUGUGACAGCGACCUGCUCAAGUUCAACCAGCUCAAGUUCCGGAAGAAAAAACUAAAAUUCUGUAAGAGCCACAUUCACGACUGGGGCCUUUUUGCUAUGGAGCCCAUUGCAGCUGACGAGAUGGUGAUUGAAUAUGUGGGGCAGAACAUCAGGCAGGUCAUUGCUGACAUGCGUGAAAAGCGAUACGAGGAUGAAGGCAUCGGGAGCAGUUACAUGUUCAGAGUUGACCACGACACCAUCAUCGAUGCCACCAAGUGCGGAAACUUUGCCAGGUUUAUUAAUCACAGCUGCAAUCCAAAUUGUUAUGCUAAAGUGAUCACGGUGGAGUCUCAAAAGAAGAUCGUCAUCUACUCCAAACAGCACAUCAAUGUGAACGAGGAAAUUACCUACGAUUACAAGUUUCCAAUAGAGGAUGUGAAAAUCCCGUGUCUUUGUGGCUCCGAGAACUGCAGGGGAACCCUAAACUGAACUUGAGGUUUCUCGUCACACUUGCACCUUCGGCCAUGUCAGAACUGUGGUAACCAGGUGUGGUUGCACUUUGCCAAAAAAGAGGAAAAAAAUAGAAAAAGAGGAAGAAAAAAAAUAAAAAAGAAAAAAUAUUAAAAAAAGAGGAAAAAAGAGAAGACAAGAACAA